AUGUCUCGUGCAAAUUGCCUUUAGCCUACAUGAUGUAAUAAGGCAAGCCACUUUUUUAACGUUAUCGAGAAAACAACGCCAUCUAGGGGAAGAUGAACUGCAGAACGUCUUGCAGAGAAGUUGCAGUUGUAACGUGUAAGCAGUUCUGUCCAAAAUGUCAGUUUACUUUAAUGCCUAAUAUCAGUUAUAUAUUAUCACAGCUGAACACAGUAAUGUAUUUAUGGUGUUAAAUCUGGCCUUUAUUUGUGUUUCAACAUGUGAAAGGGUGUCUUAAGUUUAGGUGCCUCUCUUUUCACACACUAAGGUGCUUAACACUCUACUUAAGUGAUUAUCUUGUCCAGUGCUUCCACACACCACUGGGUCCUCCUAUUUGUUUUGGUGUUCCCGCAUGUGGUAAAUAAACAUACCCAUAUACAUCCAAAAACAGGUAUAUCAAUCAUGGUUGUCAUUUUAGUCUUUUUGCAUAAUUUUGUAAGCUCUUUUUAAAAAAACAAAUAAAUAAAUAAUUAAAAAAGCAUCUUUAUUGUCUAACUUAUUUGUCUGUAUGUUGUACUAUUGCCAGAAGGGCAGUGGAAUUAUGAGCUGAGAAAUAUUCAAUGUGCAUCUCACAUGAUAUAGGCUAGUUAGCCUAAACAGUCAUGGAUAUAAAGCAUUUGAGAUAAGAGAUUAGAAGUCAUUUCACCGCUGGUUUUCUCUCUCUCUCUCUCUCUGUCUUUCUCUUCCCCCCCCUCUCUCAUCCUCCUCCUACCCCUAUCGCUUAAACAGAUUACCGCAGAUUCACUGUUGCUGUUCGAGGCCUGCACUGCUGACUGCUUCAGAGCGCAUCUGAAUUGGCUUAGAGCAACAGACCUACCAGAUGGUUCUAGAGAGCCUAGGGGUGUCUAAUUACUCAGUGCUUAAUCAGCCUUCCCCCUGACCAGAAGCUGACAGGUAAACACAGCGUCAGGACUUCUAGUCGGUCCCAGGUGCCUCUGGGGAGCCCUGCACUUUCUGGAACUUUCUGCCAAGAGGGAAAUACCCCUGGAACACACUGGAGCAGCUAGUCUGUCAGAAUGGAUAAGAAGGAGGAGGAGGAUGAUAGCAUCUUCACGACCUGGAGGCAGGGUUUUGAUCAAGAGGUGGUGACCGAAGAGCUGGACGCGGAGAGAAAGUCCAGCUUGAAUGUCCCCAGACCUCGUCGAUCCAUUGCCAACCGUCGAGCUUCACUGCCCUGUCCGGCCACAUUAAACGCCAUGCAGCUGCAACACCUGCACAACGCCACUAUGGCCCCCAAUCCUGCCAGCCACAGCACCAGGAAGGAGGGCGAGUUGCGGCAGCACUACCGGGCAUGCCACGCGGGCAUCAACGGCGGUGACGUGUGCCCCAAGGCCAACAGCACCCCUGAGAGAGAGAGGCGGGCGCCUGCCAUUCCCACAAUCCCCGAGGUCACGGAGACACCAGAGAAGAAGACCCGGUUCAGGGGCAGAAACGUCAUGUCUCUGAGCGAUGCGGACAGCAUUUGCCUAAUCUGUCAUCAUGAUCUCCACAAAGGUGGGGGAGGGGUGAGGGAACUACACUGCACACACAGUUUUCACUCGGAGUGUAUAGAGGAGUGGCUGUGGAGAAAGCAGGCCUGCCCCACCUGUCGCGUGCACGUGGCCAUGCCCGAGCCUCUAUACUGGACGUCCACUCGUGUCAAAGUGCCCUAACUACGACCCCCCCCCCCCCCAUACAGACACACACACACACACACCCAGACCCCCCCCCCCACACACACACACAAACACACACUUCACCAGCAACUUCACCAGCACAUCCUGGAUCAAAGGAAACCUAAACUGCAGAAGAGACUCAUUCCUGACAACUGUUCAGCAGAAAGGACAAUAAACAGAUUUCUUUUUUUUUUUUUUUGGUAAUUGUAAUUUCCACCAUAA